AUGCAUUCUCAUGAAUGCUGCCCAUUGGCGCCAUUUAUCCGCCGAAAGCGUGUGCGAAGGCCCGUUGCCCCGCAUUUUCGGGGAAGCCAUGGGCAAGCAAUGCUCUCUUGCGGGCGCCCCCUGGCCACAAGCCGCGAACAAAGCGCGGCAUCGGAACGAGCGCGUUUUGCCGAGGCACUAUUUAUUCCAAGAAGAUCCAGGAACGCACACCAGCAUACCAUCAGCAGCUUUAUUUUGCUUAACCCACCCCUCUUUGAAAGCCCCUGUGGGAAAUCAAGGCCUCGAAAGAUGGUAACAAUUGCGACGCCCCGUGGUAUAUAUAGAUUUCGCCACUGGGGAAAAACGGAAAGGCAACAGAAAUUUAUGAUCCACCACCUAAGAGAUUCUUACAGGCUUCUUUACCAUGACCGCGAAGCGCGUUCAACGGUAGAAAUAGAAUAUAAAAAUCAAAAAAUACACGUUCCGUAUAAGUUGAAGGUGGGAUUUUUCCCGCCACCUUCGGCACUUUCACAACUAAGACUGUCCCAAAGCAGAAAGAAAACGACUGCGGGUAUAUGA